CUAGGCACCGUCCGCCGACCAUUGUGUCGAAGACGACAAACGUCACACAGCACACCCCAGUGUCGCUGUCGUGUUCGACACGAUGGCCGCCAGACGGUGCCCGAAGGGGCACUUGAUCGACUGUCGAACGGCAGGCAACAGUAUCGCUGUCGUGUCGAACACGACGGUUAACUCCCCUUCAGGCACUGUUUGGCGACCAUCGUCUCGAACACGACAGCGACACUGUUAUCUGGCGACCAGACGGUGCAUGAAGGGCCGCUUGGUCGACUGUCGCACGGCAGACAACAAUGUAGCUGUCGUGUCCAACACAACGGUUGGUCAGCCCGUGCAGUGCCAUCGGGUUCGACACGACAGUGACACGACGACACCGCAAUGUCGCUCUCGUGUCGAAUUCAGCAGUACUGGAGGACGUCGUGGCACGGCCGUCGAGUUCGACAUGACAGUGAAACGACGACGAGCUGGCGGGCUGCGGCCCGCUUCGUUGCUCUGUGUUCCUGUCUAUUCUUGUUCUCAAGUGUUGUGGUGUUUGCACCUGCUCGGCAUGGAUCGGGACGGGAAGCCAAGCAAACGACGUACUAGUACCGGUUCCGGGAGCAUGGAGCAAUCUUCAAAAAAACUGAAGGGGACACCGACGGCUGGCGAGGGGGCUGGCGACACACCGGGGUCUAAGGGCCACCGAACCCAGGUGUUGAAGGGUGCACCUUCUACGGGCACUCCUUCCGCCCAUGUUCAAAGUUCGGGACCGGAUUCGGCUGUGUUGAUGAGUGGUGGGGCUGCGGGUCGAGAAGAGGAGGCUACUGGUCGGCAGGGGAAAUCUGCGAUGGACAUUGUGCUCAGGCGUAAAAGGUCUGGUGACACGUCCGUUGCAGGUGUGGGAGACGAGGUGCCUGUCGUCGACCACAAAGGCAAGUGUUGGAUGUUGGACUGGGUGGGUGGAAUCGGGGAAUGCUCGGGUGGGCUGGUUUUGUACGUGGUGAUCAAAGAUAACAUUGUUCAGAUUGGCGGUGUGGUUAAGUGGAGUGGAGAAAAAUCACUGUUUGCCAUGUUGGAGUUUACGAUGGUCCUUAACGCUAGAGGUGAGCGGAUAGCGGAUGUCAAACGCGUUGCUCUUCGUUGGGCCAAACACGCUGGGUACGACACGAGGCUUUAUGAUAUUUUCAAUCCGCCCGGGACGGAGAAAUUGACGUUGUCGGACCUUCGAUCGGUUUUCGCAUUCUUCGACAGACAUGUGGUCGCAGGGCAUGAGCCGGUGGUGCAUGCUUCCGACCGCAUAUCUGAACCGAAAAGCGUGCUUUCGUCGUCUUUGGAGGCGGCUCCGUCGUCGAAAUCGAUCAUUAUAGGUGCCCGCCCUCCGCCAUCACUUCGGACUACGGUUGCUGCAACACGAGUUCCGAAAUCUGGGCAGAUCGGGGAGAAAGGUCCGUUUCGCGGCCAAAUCGUGUCGUCAGCCCCUGUGAAGCGGAGACCAACAUCAACCAAGGAACCCGUUUCCUUGGUCCGCCCGCCGCGCUAUGAGUUGGCCAUUCCUGCUGGGCCACAAUAUUUUGGAGAUGACGACGAGGAGAACAACGUAGAAGAAUGAGAGCGCGAUGAAGAACGCGAGGAAUAUGAGGAGGGUGGCGGAGAAGAGGAAGUAGAGAGUGAGCACACAAUCAGCGAG